GACGCAAAGGGCGCAGUAUGCUUCAAUGUGUCCGUCUCUCUCCCAUCCCGUUCAACCGUCCCAUUCCCUUCUUAAGGGUGUUGCGAUUCAGUGAAAUGCGGUCGUGCAGCGUAAUGCAUGGACGUGCAUAAAUCGAAACGAGCAAAUCUCGCCUGAAGAGUUCCGGGAGACUUGCAGCACCCAAGAAUCCUUUCUUAAGAAGAAGGGAGGGGAAGCGAUAUAUGAUACUGGAGCAUUAGCGGACAUCGUCGAUAAGGCCAUGGAGGGGUAUCCAAAGCAGGUGGAACAAGUACGGAAUGGAGAGGUGAAGGUGAUCAAGUUCUUGCUUGGACAUAUUAUAAGGGAAGCGCGUGGGAAGGCGAAGGCGGAUGAGAUUGAGAAGAUGUUGACUGAGCGAUUUGGGCUCUGAAGUAGUGAGUAGCAUAGCAUAUUUAGCAUUAGGGCCUGGUCCGGGCUUCACGUGUGAUACCCGAGAUGCGCCAUGAGUUAAACAUAGGGUACAA